CGCAGUUACUUCCCCUACUUUUCCUGUUUACAUUGGCAACGAAUUUUUGAGAGAAGAUUUUAAAAAAAAUAUGACACGUCCAAAGUAUUUCACCCCUAAUGAGGUGGCAAUACACAACACAUUAGAUGAUCUCUGGGUAUCAUUCCUCGGAAAAGUUUACAAUCUGACCCCACUCUGCGAAAAGUAUAAAGGGGAUGUACUGCUGAAGCCAAUAGUACAGGCUGCGGGAAAAGACAUUUCACACUGGUUUGACCCAAAAACAAAAGAUAUCCGCACCCAUGUUGAUCCGCUGACUGGCUGUGUAAUCCCAUACUGCCCAAAUGGUCGAUUUCUCCACAUCCCUCCUCCGUUCCCAAAUGCUGACUGGGCAAACGAUUUUGGGCGACCUUGGUGGAAAGAUGACAGCUACCUUGUUGGGAUAUUGUCCAAAAAGACUCGCAUGAUCAAAAUCAUCAACACUCUUACUUCACAGGAGCAAGUUAUUGAGGUCUGCUCAGAAGAAAUCAUGACGGAGAUCCUUGAGCGAUACCUUAAAUUCAAUGCCCACGCUGCAAGUUACACCUGGAAAUAUGACGGACGAAAUCUUGAUAUGAACAAAAAUCUGGAAGAGAAUCAGAUACAGGAUGAUGACGAAGACUUUUACAAACUGAGCAUGAACGAUGACACAUUCCUACAGUCGGUACAUCUGUACUUUAACGAUGACCUAACAGAGGCUUAGGGUCUCUGUGACGUGAAAUGAAUGCGUUGUCAAAUAUAAUUGUUAUGUUGAAAAUUUGUUUGAAUCCUUGUGUAUUACAUACAGUUCAUCUUUGGGAAUACUUUUUAUAGUGACAUAAGAAUUUACAGCAAUGCCUAUUAUGUAGCAUAUAAAAUAUAUAUAUGCAAAACGCCGGAAUAAUAAAAUAAUACCUUUAAAAUUGCAGAUACAUAUACAGACUAUUAAAUAUCGUAGAAAGAUUGUAAUUAUUGUAAUAACUCGUGGAAUUGCAUUUUUGUUUGUUGUACAUUAUUUGUUAAUAAACAAUUAAUUUUUAUAGUC